AUGCAGCACCGCCGGCAACCGCCUUCCGCAUCCCGGCCCGGGGGCUUGCACCCCGCCGCCUCGCUGCUCGCGCUGCUGCUGGUGCUUGCCCUCCCGCGGGCGACAGCGGCUCCCGCGGGGCAUGAGGACACCGGGCGCCUCCCGGACGCGGGACUCCCGCGCGGCCUCCUGCAGCAUGCGGCUCGCGCUGCGCUGCACUUCUUCAACUUCCGCGCCGGCUCGCCUAGCGCCCUGCGAGUGCUGGCGGCGGUGCAGGAGGGCCGCGCGUGGAUUAAUCAAAAAAAGGAAUGCCAAGUUGACCUGGCAUUUACCACAGAGAGCUACAACCAAGAGGAAGGUGAGGAACGUUUGGGGAAAUGUUCUGCUCGAGUGCUUUUCAGGAAUCAGAAACCCAGACCGGCUGUUAAUGUAACUUGCUCACGGCUUAUUGAGAAGAAACAAAGACAAGAGGAGGAUUACCUGCUUUACAAGCAAAUGAAGCAACUUAAAACCCCCUUGGAUGUCAUCAGCAUGCCUGAUAGCCAUGGACAUAUUGAUCCGUCCCUGAGACCCAUCUGGGAUUUGGCUUUUCUUGGAAGCUCUUAUGUGAUGUGGGAAAAGACAACCCAGUUUUUGCAGUACUAUAUGAUGCAACUCAGUAGGGUGAAGCUUUGGAAAACUGAUGAUGACGAAAUUGAUUUUGACUACACUGUUCUACUUCAUGAAUUCUCAACACAGGAAAUCAUUCCCUGUCACAUUCACUUGGUCUGGUACCCUGGCAAAACACUUAAAGUGAAACACCACUGUCAAGAGCUACAGACACCAGAAGAGGCCUCUGGGGCUGAAGAAGGAUCUGCUGCAGCAUUGACAGACCUUAGUAGGACCUCAAGGGAAAAAAGAUCGGUUUAUACAGAAUCCUAA